GACGCUGACCGAACUGCUCAAGCAGCCGGGGCCCCAGGAACCUCUGCCCCCGCCUCUGGGCCCGCCCCUGGGUAGCUGUGUCCAGGUGCAGAUGGGCGAUGGCCUUCCCCGGGGGUCCCCCCACAACAGCACAGACAAGAAACGCCUCAACAACGCGCCCCUGGGCCCUGCCGCCCCGGGGGCCCCGCGCGGUCCGCGGCUGCUGGACGGCGGCAGCGUGACACUGCGGCCCGACUAUGCCAAGUUCACCACCCUCAAGGCAGCUGCGCUGAAGGCCGCAGAGGCCGCGCCCCAGGACUUCUACCAGCGAUUUCCGGCCGCCGAGCCUGCCCCAAGGACCCUCCCGGCGCGAGCCCCGCGGCCCCCGGAGGACCUGCCCGCGCUGCUCGACGCCUGCCCUUGGGCCCCGCCGGGGUCGGCCCGGCCGCGCGCCCCGGCGCCAAUUCAGCGUGGAGAAGCUGCCCGAGGCCUUCAGCGCACAGCACCCCGGCCUGUACGGCGGCGGCGCGAGCCGCGGGCCCCGGCACCUGAGCACCAACAGCAAAGCUGAGGUCACCGUGUGAGGCAGGGGCCUCCGCGGGCGGUGCCUGGAGCCCUGAUGCUCCCCGGGCCAGCAGCGCUGGUCUCUGCCCAGACUGGACUGGAGGCCUUGGAGCCAGUGGUCCUGCCGUGGGGGCCACGCAGUUCUCCCUCCCCGUGUAAAUAAACCCUAAGUGGUUUCUGCCCCAA